GCCUACGACGUAGCCGCGCUCAGGUACCGCGGCCGCGAUGCCGCCACCAACUUCCCGUGCGCGGCCGCGGAGGCGGAGCUCGCCUUCCUGGGGGCGCACUCCAAGGCCGAGAUCGUCGACAUGCUCCGGAAGCACACCUACGCCGACGAGCUCCGCCAGGGUCUGCGACGCGGCCGCGGCAUGGGGGCGCGCGCGCAGCCGACGCCAUCGUGGGCGCGGGAGCCCCUCUUCGAGAAGGCCGUGACCCCAAGCGAUGUCGGCAAGCUCAAUCGCCUCGUGGUGCCGAAGCAACACGCCGAGAAGCACUUCCCUCUGAAGCGCACCCCGGAGAGGACGACCACCACCGGCAACGGCGUGCUGCUCAACUUUGAGGACGGUGAGGGGAAGGUGUGGAGGUUCCGGUACUCGUAUUGGAACAGCAGCCAGAGCUACGUGCUCACAAAGGGCUGGAGUCGCUUCGUCCGGGAGAAGGGCCUCGCUGCCGGCGACUCCAUCAUCUUCUCGUGCUCGGCGUACGGCCAGGAGAAGCAGCUCUUCAUCGACUGCAAGAAGAAUACGACCGUCAACAGCGGCAAAUCGGCGUCGCCGCUGCCAGUGGUGGAGACUGCCAAAGGAGAACAAGUCCGCGUCGUUAGGCUGUUCGGUGUCGACAUCGCCGGAGUGAAGAGGGGGCGAGCGGCGACGGCGGAGCAAGGCCCGCCGGAGUUGCUCAAGAGGCAAUGCGUUCCACUUCCACACGGUCAGCGCUCUCCUGCCCUAGGUGCUUUCGUCUUAUAGCAUCUGCACAUACAGCUCUAUAUAUUUAUACUUUUCCUCCCUUUUCUUCUUGUUGUUAAAUGAUAUAUGCUGAUCCUGUUCGUGGAUUAGAUAAAUUCUCUGUAGAACUCUAUUGCAAGCCGGAUUGCAAAUUGAGUUGUAUUAAUAUGUAAUUAUGUGUGUGUGCACAACUAGGAAUUCUAGCUAGAGAGGUCACAAUGACCCGACGAUGUUGGUUGCACAUCUAUGUAUGUACUAUCAUUUUGGCGCAUCAAAAAGUUCCAUUCUGCCUUCUCAUCAAGAGAUGUGUUUGUGUAUGUUUCAAUGAAAAUUUGU